UUCAACUACGCUGCGCGUGUUUCUAGUUUGAAGGUCAAAGUUAUUAGCACCAGUUCUAGUAGCAGCCCGCGGGAGAAUGACGAGUAAUAAUAUCCUGUGGUUCCGGCAUGGUUUGCGUUUGCACGAUAAUCCAAGCCUGCUGGAGGCACUGAAGCCAGUCCAGUCCAGUGAGCCAGUGAAAUUGUUCCCGGUUUUCAUUUUCGAUGGCGAAAGCUCAGGAACGAGGCUCGUAGGUUACAACCGAAUGAAGUUCCUGCUGGAAUCACUUGCUGAUCUUGACCGACGGUUUCGCGAGCUGGGUGGGCAGUUGCUUGUGUUCCGAGGGGACUGCGUCACCAUUUUGCGUCGACUAUUCGAAGAGCUCAACAUCAAGAAACUAUGCUUCGAGCAGGACUGCGAACCGAUCUGGAAGGAUCGUGACGAAAGGGUGGCAAAACUUUGCCAAAUGAUGGGUGUGCGAUGCGUCGAGAAUGUGUCGCACACGCUUUGGAACCCACUGGAGGUGAUCCAAACAAACGGCAAUAUUCCUCCGCUGACGUAUCAGAUGUUUCUGCACACCGUGAACAUUAUUGGUGAACCACCGCGGCCAGUCGAAGCCCCCUGUUUCGAGCACGCUGAGUUCGGUCACAUUCCGUCCCUGCUGGCCUCAGAGUUGAAGCUCUGCCAAGCGGUACAACAACAAACUCCCGAGGAGUUUGACGUCCUGUACGAUGGUAAUCCAGAAAUUGCGUUCCAGAAGUGGAUCGGCGGUGAGACGCACGCUCUCGAAGCACUCGGUGCACGCCUCAAGCAGGAAGAGGAGGCUUUCCGCGAAGGCUAUUACCUACCGACGCAAGCCAAGCCUGAACUAUUGGGGCCGGCUACCUCCAUGAGUGCUGCCCUGCGCUUCGGAUGCCUGUCGGUGCGUAUGUUUUACUGGUUUGUGCACGAUCUGUUCGAGAAGGUGCAAGCGGGUAGCCAGUUUCAGUGCCCACGCGGCCAGCACAUAACCGGACAGCUCAUUUGGCGCGAAUAUUUCUACACGAUGUCGGUUCAAAAUCCUUACUACGGUGAAAUGGAGCGUAAUCCGAUAUGUCUCAGCAUCCCGUGGUACGAACCGAACGAUGAUUCGCUCGCCCGCUGGAAGGAGGGUCGGACCGGCUUCCCGAUGAUCGAUGCCGCGAUGCGCCAACUGCUGGCGGAAGGUUGGCUGCACCACAUACUGCGCAACAUUACCGCGACAUUCCUUACACGUGGUGGUUUAUGGAUCAGCUGGGAAGCGGGCUUGCAGCACUUCCUGAAGUAUCUACUCGACGCGGACUGGUCGGUGUGUGCCGGCAACUGGAUGUGGGUGUCGUCAUCCGCGUUCGAGCGUUUGCUCGACUCUUCCAAGUGCACGUGCCCGAUUGCGCUCGCUUAUCGUCUCGACCCGCAAGGUGACUACGUGAAGCGCUACCUUCCGGAGCUGGCCAAGUUCCCCGCCCAUUUGGUUCACGAACCGUGGAGGGCUACACACGAGGAACAGCUGUCGUACGGAUGUAUCAUUGGUGAACACUAUCCGGCUCCAAUGGUUGAUCUUAAUUCGGUGGCAAAAAGAAAUUCGCACGCCAUGGGAUCACUGCGAGAGAAACUGCUCGAUGGUGGCGCAACACCGCCACAUUGUCGUCCGUCCGAUAUCGACGAGAUCAGACAGUUCUUCUGGCUCGCCGACGAUGUUGCGCUCGAGGCAUAAGCGAAGCGAUGUAUUUAUUACCCCAUUUGACGAUAUGUGCCACGCACACGUUAGUGGAGAACUUAUUACAGGGAAAACGAUCAUGUACGAUCAUUUCAUUGACUAUCCUAUUAUAACCGUGUGGUGUAGGUAAAAGAUUAUCUAAUUGAGUCCCAGGUGAUAUUGUUUAUAGUCUCAAUUGUACUUUAUCAUUUUGCACACGAAAAGAAGAUUGGUGAAAUCUUCCAGAAAGACAACUUUUGAAACUGUGUAUGUUUGAUGUCGUCCGUUCCGGUAU